AUGCACAUAACCGACAGAGUAGGGCGUACAACCGACAGAGUAGUGCGUACAACUGACAGAGUAACGUACACAACCGACAGAGUAGUGCGUACAACCGACAAAGUAGUGUACAUAACCGACAAAGGAAUGUACACAAUCGACAGAUUAGUGCGUACAACAGACAGAGUAGUGCGUACAACCGACAAAGUAAUGUACAUAACCGACAGAGUAAUGUACACAACCGACGGAGUAGUGCGUACAACCGAGAGAGUAAAUCUUUGCAACCGACAGGGUAGUACGUACAACCGACAGAGUAAUGCACAUAACCGACAGAGUAGGGCGUACAACCGACAGAGUAGUGCGUACAACUGACAGAGUAGUGCGUACAGCUGACAGAGUAGUGCGUACAACCGACAAAGUAAUGUACAUAACCGACAGAGGAAUGUACACAACCGACAGAUUAGUGCGUACAACAGACAGAGUAGUGCGUACAACCGACAAAGUAAUGUACAUAACCGACAGAGUA